AUGCUGGAUGAAUGGGACGGGUCAGUCACUCUCCCGCAAUGGGCACGGAUAAAUCCGGCCGAAUCCGGAUUACGUGGACGUAUGGUCAACCGAGGCGGUGAAGGCGAAGCUGGCACCGGCGCUGCCUCGCGGGGAGCAAAACAACUGUUUCUUUCUUUGUUUGGACGCGGGAGCCGACGACGAGGACGACGACGACGAAGGCUGCUGCUCCCUCGAGCCCUCGCCGUUUGUACGCGGGGAGAGGGAGAGGCAGAGGAAAGAAAGCAGCAGGAGGAAGAGGAGGAGGAGGAGGCCCGAGAUGCGCUCGGGAGAUGGCGAUGGUUGGCUCGCUCGCUCAUUCGUUUGGAGGUUUCGACGUUUAUAGGGGGGCUCGUGGUGGUGGCGCGGUGGGUUGGGGAGGCAGGGUGA